AUGACACGUGGAAAAUAUCAACAUCCUGCACCGUCAUCGAAAGUGGCUACAGAAAAUCUUCAUCGUUUGUUUGGUCAUAUAUUAAAGAGACCGGCAGAUCACCUUGUUCAACGUGUUCUGAGGAGUUUGUCGAGUUCGAGCUGGAAGAAGCCACCUGGCCGAAAACGGAAGUUCUCGACUGAGGUGGUGAAAGAGGAUCUGAAGACACUCGGCGUGGAUAGGCAGUUCAGGCGAGACGUAAGGUUUCGCAGAAUAUGGAAUAGCAACGAAUGGAUUGAUUCUGUGCAAGCUCUCGCAGAAGAUCGAGAAGGUUGGGCAGAGCUGAGUUCAAGGACGGCACACCUCGGCGAAGAUGCGGGUAAUCGCGUCAGGCGAUGA